GUCCAAGAGAAAUGAAAAAGAAAAAAAACAAAACAAAACAUUCCCAUGAAAUUGGAGCUCCAAGAGACUCUCCUGUAAUAGCUUGUUAUAGAUAAGAGGGACACUUCACAAACAUGGAGAAUCAGAUUAUGAAAGAGCCAUUGUUGGAGAAGAAGUACUAUAAGGACUGCCCAGGUUGUAAGGUGGAUCAAGCAAAAGAGCUGAAAAAGGGUGCAUCAGUUCUAAAUCUUUUAAUUAUAUGGAUGUUGAUGAUAUGUGCAUCACUACCUAUAUCAUGUCUCUAUCCAUUCCUAUAUUUCAUGGUAAAGGACUUCAAUGUUGCGAAAACAGAGGCUGAUAUUAGUACUUAUGCUGGUUAUGUGGGAUCGACAUUGAUGCUUGGUAGAGCCUUGACAUCUGUAGGCUGGGGAUUGUUUUCUGAUCGUUAUGGUAGAAAACCUGCUUUAAUUGUUGGGGUUAUGUCAGUUAUCAUUUUCAACACACUAUUCGGCCUUAGUACAAAUUUUUGGAUGGCCAUUAUCACCAGAUUUCUUCUAGGAUGUGGUAAUGGUAUAAUUGGACCAGUAAAGGCAUAUGCUACUGAACUUUUUAGAGAAGAGGAUCAAGCUAUAGGACUCUCUACAGUCAGUGCAGCUUGGGCUAUAGGCCUGAUUAUUGGCCCAGCAUUGGGAGGCUAUUUGGCUCAGCCCGUAGUGAAAUACCCGCACAUAUUUCCAAAGGACUCUUUUUGGGAUAAGUUUCCAUACUUUUUGCCCUGUUUUAUAAUAUCAGGACUAGCAAUUCCAGUUCUUAUAGCCUGUAUUUGGAUUCCGGAAACACUUCAUAAUCACAAAGGUGGAAAUGAGUGCACAGAUGAUGCUGAAGCUUUAGAAAAUGGAAGCAAUAGGAUUAACAAAGGAAAUACAACCCAAAAGAAUGAAAACCUCUUAAUGAAUUGGCCCUUAAUGUCGUCUAUCAUUGUUUAUUGUAUUUUCUCACUUCAUGACAUGGCUUAUACAGAGGUUUUCUCUUUAUGGGCUGUCAGUCCACCAAGCCUGGGGGGUUUGAACUUCACAACUGAUGUUGUUGGUAAUGUUCUUGCAAUAUCAGGUCUUUUACUUAUUAUCUACCAGCUUACCCUAUACCCAUAUGUGGAAAAAGCUUGUGGACCUAUUCGGAUUUCCCGCAUUACAGGGAUCUUAUCCAUACCACUUCUGCAAAGUUACCCUUUUAUAGCAAUGUUGUCAGGCGUAACACUAUACACUGUGAUAAGUGUUGCUUCUAUUCUGAAGAAUAUCUUGUCUAUGACCAUCAUAACUGGUUUAUUUAUUUUGCAAAAUAGAGCAGUGAAACAAAACCAGAGGGGGGCAGCUAAUGGCAUUUCUGUGACUUGUGUGUCCCUAUUCAAAGCUAUUGGCCCUGCUGUAGGUGGUGCCUUAUUAACUUGGACACAAAAGCGGAUGCAUGCUUCUUUCCUGCCAGGCACACAUAUGAUCUUCUUUAUAAUGAAUUUAGUUGAAGGACUUGGAAUACUAAUGAUGUUUAAACCAUUCCUUAAUGAAGAGAAGAAAACACACUCAGAUAUGUUACACUAACAUCAAUAAACUUUGCCCGAGGCACCAAGGAAGGGUUCCAUUAUUGAGGACGAUGAGGGUAACUAGGUUCUCUACUUUGUCAUCAAUGGGACGAUUGGUUUUGUACGUAAUAUAUAAGGUUGUUGCGGUGCUUUGUGAAAAAAGAAGAAUGAACAAGACAGAAAUCGGAAAAGCAUGGGGAAAGAAUAAAGAGAAAUACCAUAUGUUGUUGUGCUUAUCGUAAGAUGAAGGUGACAUAAUUGCAUUUUACUUCUGGCUUUGUAAUACAUAAAGUUGUUGUUUGCUUUGUGAAAAAAAUAAUGAACAAGACAGAAAUCGGAAAAGGAGGAGGGAAAGAGUAAAGAGAAAUACCAAAUGUUGCUAUGCGUUUCUUAAGAUGAAAGUGACAUACUCACAUUCUA